AUGGUUGAUGGAAGUACUGACAUUUUCACAAAUUCACACUUUUUUAUAUAUGUUAAGUAUUGCAAUAAGGGAGUUAUUAAAGUAUUCUAUCUUAAGCUUUUGCAAGCAGAAGAAUCAAAUACUAUAGCACUUUAUAACAUUAUAAUUAAUCUUCUUGAUAAAAUUAAUGCUGAAGGUGAAGAUCCCGAUUCUAUUCUUGAAGAUGACAAUGAUGACAUUAAAGAAUCUGCAGAUGAAAUUUUAGCCCCAUGA